AUGAGAUUAACACGUCAGGCAAGACACCAUCACACUUCUCCUCCGACUUCUACUCCGGCCGACGACGCUUUCCCGACUCUUCAGCUUUUCAUCCUAGCGAUAUGUCGCUUCGCAGAGCCGAUCGCGUUGACUUCCAUCUUCCCGUAUUCAUGGGUUAUGGUUAAGGAUUUCAACAUCGGAGACAAGAGUAAUGCAUCCUUCUUCGCCGGAAUCAUUAUUUCGGCCUUCGCCUUGGCGGAGAGCCUGACUGGAAUGUUCUGGGGGAGCCUUUCAGACAGGGUUGGCCGCAAACCUGUCCUCCUCUUAGGAUGCGCGGGUACUGUCCUAUCCCUGAUGAUUGUUGGGUUCUCCCGAAACUUCUGGGUGGCUCUCCUCGGCAGAGUUGUCGGCGGACUUCUAAAUGGCAACGUUGGCGUCAUCCAGACCAUGGUUGGGGAAGUGGUCAAGAAACCAGAACAUGAGCCGCGAGCAUACGCUGUCCUACCAUUUGUUUGGUCUAUCGGCACGAUAAUAGGCCCAGCGAUUGGAGGUACCUUUGCGCAGCCCUCUAAAUCCUUCCCUUCGCUGUUUCCUCAAUCAGGCUUAUUUGGUACCUUUCCUUACCUGCUCCCUAACAUAAUAUGUUCAUUGCUACUCUUUAUCAGUAUCAUUGCUGGGUACCUGUUCCUGGAUGAAACGCAUCCCGACCACCAACCGCAGUAUAUUCGAGCUGAAAAUACUGAGCCACAUACCGAUGAGGAUGAGAAUGAGAACGAGAAUGAGGGGUUCGGUACCCAUCUUUACGCCGUAGCCACGGCUGGUUCCACCGCUCAUGCUGGUGCAGACUUGACCGCCAAGUCCUAUGGCACCUUCAAUGAGGUUGACAUGCACGAGGACGAGGAAUGGUAUCUCAGGCCAGACGGGAAGCCCUUUCCUACCCCGGGUUCAGACAAAGUCUUCACAAAGCGUGUGACGAUGCUCAUCGUCGCUUUGGGAAUAUUCACCUACCACUCCAUGACAUAUGACCAUCUACUCCCCAUUUUCCUCCAGGAUGACCGAGACGGAAUCAUAAAUCACCCUGUUUCUUCCCCUCUUGAUAUCCCAGGAGGAUUAGGUCUAACAACCCAAACCGUCGGAUUAAUCAUGGCCAUAAACGGAGUCAUUGCCCUAGUAAUCCAGGCCGUCGUCUUUCCCAUUCUCACGGAAUGGCUUGGCGUCUGGAGCGUUUUCGUUCUUGUCACCGUCCUCCACCCAGUGGCAUACUUCAUUGUUCCUUUCCUGGCCUUCCUACCAACGAACUUCUUAUACCCAGGCAUCUACACAUGCCUUACAAUCAGAAACCUCUUCUCCAUCCUAGCCUAUCCGGUACUCUUAAUAUUGAUCAAGCAAGCGAGCCCUUCCUACGCCGUUCUCGGAAAAAUCAAUGGUCUCGCUGCAUCCGCCGGCGCCGCUUGUCGCACCCUUGCCCCACCAAUCGCCGGAUACAUUUACACCGUUGGUACUCGCGUUGGAUUCACCGGAAUUGCGUGGUGGGCUAGCAGCUUGGUGGCCAUCUUUGGAGCCAUGCAACUUUGGUUUAUGAGAGGUAAACCGCAUACUACGGUUUCUAUACUGGCUCGCCCGCCAUGUUUCCCUCGACACGUGGAGCCACAUCCCCCGGUCAUCCAUGUUCACGUGGAAGAUGACGCUGGCGAGCGUGAACGUGAGCCCUUGGUAUAA